GCAAUAUUUACACCUCUCAGGCAAAUAACAACAAUAGUUCACUUUCGCUUGCAACUUCCAAAGAAUUGCAGUCGGUUCCAGCGGGUUUCUGAUCAUUGGUGGUGAGUAUGGAUUACCAAAACAAGCUCAUACUCGCUCCAAUGGUCCGUGUGGGCACGUUACCAUUUAGGCUGCUUUCUGCUGAUUAUGGUGCUGAUAUUACUUAUAGUGAAGAGAUUAUUGAUCAUAAAUUUGUCAAAUGUGUCCGCAGAAUCAAUGAAUCUAUUGGGUCGAUUGAUUUUGUCGAUAAAGGAACGGAGAAUGUCGUGUUUAGAACUUGUCAAGAGGAACAGGAUCGAGUUGUAUUUCAAAUUGGGACUUCAGAUGCUGUUAGAGCACUUACUGCUGCUCAGAUAGUGUGCAAUGAUGUUGCAGCAAUAGAUAUUAAUAUGGGUUGUCCCAAGGCGUUCUCUAUCAGUGGAGGCAUGGGUGCAGCAUUAUUGUCUAAGCCAGAGCUAAUUCACGAUAUUUUAACAACACUAAAGAGGAACUUGGACACACCAGUGACAUGUAAAAUUCGACUUCUAAAAUCGCCUAGUGACACUGUGGAACUAGCACGGAGAAUUGAGAAAACUGGUGUUUCUGCUUUAGCUGUCCAUGGAAGAAAAGUUGAAGAUAGGCCUAGGGAUCCUGCUAGAUGGAAUGAGAUUACUGAUGUUGUGGCGGCAUUGUCUAUUCCAGUUAUAGUGAAUGGUGAUGUCUUUGAGUAUGAGGAUUUUCAGCGUAUUAAAGGGGCAACAGGUGCCUCAUCUGUGAUGGUUGCUAGAGGAGCUCUGUGGAAUGCCUCAAUCUUUUCCCCUGAGGGCAAAUUGCCUUGGGAGGAGGUGAAGAGAGAAUAUGUGAGAAAGAGUUUCAUAUGGGAUAAUUGCAUUAAAAGCACAAAGCACACUCUACGGGAAAUGAUAUCCCAUUAUUCAUCUCUCGAACUUCCAGAGGGAAAAGCUGUGAUCAAAUCAGACACUUUGGCGGAUCUUGCGGAAUAUUAUGGGGUUAGAUAACAUUAAAUCAUAUUUUUGCAAUUGCAACUGGUUGCUGCUGUAUGGAUAUGUAUAUCAAAGAACUCCACUGGGAGGAAAAACUACCUCCUGUAUAUCAAGGAAACUGCUUGCCUCUAAAUGGAGAUAAGUCAUCUACCACCUAUAAUACUAUUGACAUUAUGACCCUUAUAUAUGUGUGUCAUGUGUGUUUGAUAACUAUCCCAAGUUGGGGAAUAGGCAUUUUUGAUACUAGGAAGCCACUCCAUUUCUUUUUUUAUCCCUUUUCAAUUUUCAUUGAUCCAUUUCUUUUAUGGAGGGCAAUAUUUUUGUACGAGUCUCUUACCAAGUGUACAAUAGGGAGUGAGGUUACUUCAAUCUAGUCAAAAAUUCAGAUAGUGCUUCAUUUCUUUCGACUUCACAAACUCAUUUGUAGAAUUUUAUAGGCCCUAGUGGGUAGAUCUAAUCAUUGUAUUAUGUGAGAGUUGAUAUUUAUUUAAUUAUGCAUACAGAGUAAUAUAUUAAACACAAGUUUGUAUCUUACACAGAGUUACUUGUUCUCUUGCCAUUGUUUCAAUAAGGAUCAUGGGUAAUUCAUCUGGUACAGUA